UAAUGAUAUCUUUUCCUAGUCUCUACUUCCAAAAUCCUGUACUUUUGAUUUUUCCCGUUUAUUGUUAGUUAAGAUGCGACUCCUGAGCAGUACGAGCUUUAAACUCGUUGAGUUCGUCGGAGAUAGUAUCCCGCCAUACGCCAUUUUGUCACACACUUGGGCCUCUGAGGAGGUUACGUUUAGCGAUCUGCAGCAGCGGGAGUAUGAACACUUGAAAGGGAUCGCUAAACUCAAAGGCUGUUGUGCUCAAGGGGUACAAGAUGGCCUAGAAUGGGUGUGGAUCGACACCUGCUGCAUCAACAAGUCGUCAAGCGCUGAGUUGUCUCAGGCCAUAAAUUCCAUGAAUUUGUUGUACAAGAAUGCCGAUGUCUGUUACGUUUACUUAUAUGAUGUCCCCCCUCCGGAUCCCUUCGUUGAUGAGCAUCUAUUACAGAUGCUAGAGUUAAUUGCUCUACGAGAGAAGCACCUUGGGCAUUUCCCUGUCGCUCAGCGAAUGUCAUGGGUAUCGAAACGUAAUACCACAAGGGAGGAAGAUAUUGUAUAUUGCCUUCUUGGUAUCUUUGAUAUUAAUAUGCCUCUCCUGUAUGGAGAAGGACGAAGGGCAUUCAUUCGACUGCAAGAAGAGAUCAUGAGGAGAAGAGUGGAUUACAGCAUCUUCCUCUGGCAAUCAACCGCCCUCCACAGCACCACGGGCCUUCUUUGCGAUUCUCCUCAAUACUUCCCUGUUAACGGAGUGGUGACACGGUCCAGUGGUUCCUGCAAAUAUUCUGAUAUCGUGGCGUCGAAAAUCUCUAUUGAGAAUGGGCCUGAAUAUGUGAGACCACCUGAGGUCACCCCCCAAGGCCUUGAAAUGACCGUUCAUAACAAGCCACUCGAAGAUGGCUCUCGGCUAGCCUGGAUCUACUUAACUCAUAAAGAUGGCUUGUAUUACAGAACGAGAGUAGGAUAUAUCGAGAUAGUAGGCACCGAGGGCGAAUUGGAGAGCUUCCAAACAGAGUGUAUGGUCCCUCGGCAAACGCUCGCUUUCAAGUUUUGGCUGAAGUCGACAGCGAAGGAGCAACUCUCAAUCCUCGACAUCUAUCCUGACUGCAACCUCCAACAUCGGCAGGACGGCUCGUAUGCGACGGAACUCGACCUGGCUGCCUGCCCGAAUUCUUUGUCGCGGUAUUUUAUUCGUAAGUGCGUACCGGGUGAACCUCUUGAGGAUAUAGCAAAAGAAAUCAGGAAAGCAGGGCCUCGUGGAGACGAAUCCGAUAGAGUUGUUUUACGCUUGCCGAGCAGCACUUAUGUGACUGUUGCAUUGAAAAGGAGAGCUAGGAGCAGUCGACAUUAUUUGUUUGUUUCCUUAAUACCGGGGAGCUUUGCUACUGAUCCUCAAUACGAAAGAGGGGGACUUUGUAAUAUUAAUCUUCUAAAGAUGCAGCACAUUAAUUAA